ACGCGCGCGCACCCUGACAGCUCUACUCGCUGGCUCGUUCACUCGCUCGCUCCCGGCUUCCGAGCACAGCAUGGCGGUCAAGGUGCAGACAACUAAGCGAGGUGAUCCUCAUGAGUUAAGAAACAUAUUCCUACAGUAUGCGAGUACUGAGGUUGAUGGAGAGCGUUACAUGACCCCAGAAGAUUUUGUCCAGCGUUAUCUUGGAUUAUAUACUGAUACACAUUAUAAUCCAUGGACUGUGCAGCUGUUGGCAGGAGUAGCUGAUCAAACCAAGGAUGGGUUGAUCUCCUAUCAAGAGUUUUUGGCAUUUGAAUCUGUUUUGUGUGCCCCAGAUGCUAUGUUCGUAGUAGCUUUCCAAUUGUUUGACAAGAGUGGAAGUGGAGAGGUGACAUUUGAAAAUGUCAAAGAAAUUUUUGGACAGACAAUUAUUCAUCAUCAUAUACCCUUUAACUGGGACUGUGAAUUUAUUCGCCUGCAUUUUGGUCAUAAUAGAAAGAAACAUCUUACUUACUCAGAAUUUACUCAGUUCCUCCAGGAGCUGCAGCUGGAACAUGCAAGGCAAGCCUUUGCCCUGAAAGAUAAAAGCAAAAGUGGAGUGAUCACUGGGCUAGAUUUCAGUGACAUUAUGGUUACUAUUCGGUCUCACAUGCUCACUCCUUUUGUGGAAGAAAACUUGGUUUCAGCAGCUGGUGGAAGUAUUGCCCACCAGGUUAGCUUCUCCUACUUCAAUGCAUUUAACUCUUUACUGAAUAACAUGGAACUUGUCCGUAAGAUAUACAGCACUCUAGCGGGCACAAGGAAAGAUGUUGAAGUCACAAAAGAGGAAUUUGCUCAAAGUGCGAUAAGAUAUGGACAAGUUACACCUUUGGAAAUUGAUAUUCUAUACCAACUUGCAGAUCUAUACAAUGCUACUGGGCGGUUGACUUUGGCAGAUAUUGAGAGAAUAGCACCCUUGGCCGAAGGUGCCUUACCUUACAACCUGGCAGAACUUCAGAGACAGCAAUCUCCUGGGUUAGGCAGGUCUGUCUGGCUCCAGAUCGCUGAGUCUGCUUAUAGAUUCACUUUGGGCUCAAUUGCUGGAGCUGUGGGAGCCACUGCAGUAUAUCCCAUAGACCUGGUAAAGACGCGUAUGCAAAAUCAGCGUGGCACUGGCUCUGUCGUGGGGGAGCUGAUGUAUAAAAACAGCUUUGACUGUUUUAAGAAAGUCUUACGUUAUGAAGGCUUCUUUGGACUCUAUAGAGGUCUGGUGCCACAACUUAUAGGGGUUGCUCCAGAAAAGGCCAUUAAACUGACUGUUAAUGAUUUUGUUCGAGACAAAUUCACCCGAAGAGAUGGCUCCAUUCCGCUAUUAGCAGAAAUCGUUGCUGGAGGUUGUGCCGGAGGCUCUCAGGUGAUCUUUACUAAUCCUCUGGAGAUUGUGAAGAUUCGAUUGCAGGUGGCUGGGGAGAUCACCACAGGUCCCAGAGUCAGUGCCCUGAAUGUUCUUCGGGAUCUAGGGAUCUUUGGACUAUACAAGGGUGCCAAAGCGUGUUUCCUCCGAGACAUUCCCUUCUCUGCCAUCUAUUUUCCUGUUUAUGCUCACUGCAAACUUCUCCUAGCUGAUGAAAAUGGACGGGUUGGAGGAUUAAAUCUCCUGGCAGCUGGAGCUAUGGCAGGUGUGCCUGCUGCUUCUUUGGUAACCCCUGCUGAUGUCAUCAAGACAAGGCUGCAAGUGGCAGCCCGCGCUGGUCAGACAACAUACAGUGGCGUUAUUGACUGUUUCAGAAAGAUACUGAGAGAAGAAGGCCCGUCGGCGUUCUGGAAAGGAACUGCAGCCCGAGUAUUCCGAUCUUCUCCCCAGUUUGGGGUUACAUUGGUCACCUAUGAACUUCUACAGAGAUGGUUCUAUGUUGAUUUUGGAGGCCUCAAGCCCUCGGGCUCAGAACCUACGCCCAAAUCCCGCAUCGCGGACCUUCCUCCUGCCAACCCUGAUCACAUCGGUGGAUACAGACUGGCCACAGCCACUUUUGCGGGCAUUGAAAACAAAUUUGGCCUCUAUCUCCCCAAAUUUAAAUCUCCUGUUGUUUCUGUAGUUCAGCCAAAGGUGGCAGUGGCACCACAGUGAUGAGACUCAGCAUGGCCAAAGGUGGUGAUGGAGAAAGGCAUAGGAGAGCAGCACUGUCAUUUGUCCAGUCAGCUGCAUGGUUCUAGCUGAACUGAGAAUUUAAACCAGUUCUUUCUAUAUGAUAUAUACAUAUAUUUGUUUAUAAAGUAAUCAUUUGCACAGAAAAACAACCACAAAAGAGUUUCAAGCUUAAGUCUUGUGUUGAAAUGGUUUUUUCUCCCCUUAACCUUGGCAUGAAUUAGCGCCCUAGACUCCGUGUGACACAGCUUGCAUUUAGUGACUGUACAUAUUGUACAUCUUUGUACAGAGAUAUCUUGGCAUCUUCACCCACCAAGUGACAUUUAUAGAAGGAAAAAGCAGUUGUGAGUGGCUGGAAAUGUACAGAAUGUUUUGAAAGUGUUUUAUGAAGAAUCAUGACAAUAAAAAUGUAUUAAAAUUAAAUUAAUUCUUUUAAUGGUGAUAAGGCAAUAAAGCAUCAAUAUACGGGGUACUGAAUUCAUGAUAAUGAGUUUUCCAUUCUGGAAUAAAACAAAGUAUUAAGGCAGAAGGAAAGCUGUCGGUGACAUGCCUGAAUAGCACUGGAAAAAAGAUGCAUGCUAGCGGUUGCUUGAGGACUAGCAUAAUGACUUCUGUGUGUCAGUUGUUUUUUUUUAAACCUGUGUUUAACAUGUCCCCUUUCUAUCAUGGCUUACAGUAUAAUCCUCUUCAGUCAGUAGGUUCCUUCUUGGAUAGCCCUUCUUGUGCCAGGUUUUUUUCUGGCAGCCUUGCCUUAUUCUGAUACAGCAGGGGUGAGGCUCCACCUCUUGGAGUAGUAAAGGCUGCCUUGGCAACGGGCUGGAAGCUUUGAAGCUGUACCUUAAUUUGCCUCCAAAUGGACAUGAUUCCAAUCAAAAAUAAACUGCGCACCAAAAUGUA